GAAAAAGGAUACAUUUGUUCUCAAUUCUUCUUCUCCCUUUUUUCUUAAAGCCAAGCGAGCAAAUCAAGCUGUGUUCAAUGCGCAACCAUGCUCAUCAUCUCAUCUCGCAGUGCGCUGCUGUCCGUCUACUACCCACAGAUCUUCCUCAUCCUCACCAGCGGUAGCUACCUGGCGUUGUCUUCUGUGGUAGCUCUGGGUGCCAACAUCAUCUGCAACAAGAUACCUGGACUGGCCCCACGUCAGAGAGCCCUCUGUCAGAGUCGCCCCGAUGCCAUCAUCGUCAUUGGUGAAGGUGCCCAGCUGGGCAUCAACGAGUGUCAGUACCAGUUCCGCUACGGCCGGUGGAACUGCUCAGCCCUGGGAGAGAGGACCGUGUUUGGACAAGAGCUGAGAGUAGGCAGCAGGGAAGCAGCAUUCACUUAUGCCAUCACGGCCGCUGGAGUUGCACACGCAGUAACCGCAGCGUGUAGCCAAGGCAAUCUGAGCCAGUGUGGUUGUGACCAGGACAAGCAGGGCUACCAUGACCAGGAGGAGGGCUGGAAAUGGGGAGGCUGCUCGGCUGAUGUCAAAUACGGCGUGGAGUUUUCGCGGCGUUUCAUGGACGCCCGCGAGAUCAAGAAAAACGCCCGGAGGCUGAUGAACCUGCACAACAAUGAGGCAGGGCGAAAGAUCCUGGAGGAGAGAAUGAAGCUAGAGUGCAAGUGUCAUGGUGUAUCUGGUUCCUGUACUACUAAGACCUGUUGGAUCACCCUGCCAAAUUUCAGAGAGAUCGGUAACCUGCUGAAGGAACGCUACAGCGAUGCAGUUCAAGUAGAGCCAGUUCGAGCCACGCGGCUUCGCCAACCCUCUUUCCUGCGUCUCAAACAGGCUCGAGGCUACCAAAAGCCCACAGACACAGACCUGGUGUACCUGGAGCGCUCUCCCAACUAUUGCGAAGAGGACAGGGCCACAGGAAGCACAGGGACAAGAGGAAGACUGUGCAACGGCACCUCGAGCCUCGCAGACGGCUGUAACGUGAUGUGUUGUGGUCGGGGUCACAACACACACCACUACACGCGAGUCUGGCAGUGCAACUGCAAGUUCCACUGGUGCUGUUUCGUCAAGUGCAACACAUGCAGUGAGAAAUCAGAGGUUUUUACUUGCAAGUGAGGAAACAAUGAGGCAGGGUACCGAGAAAGGAAGGGAAAAGGGACAAGGGUACGAAGGGAAGGGAAUAUGAGAAGCUGGAAUUUGAAGUGAAGAAUUUUGGAGGUAUUUAUUACAUUUUGCACAUUCUGACAUCCCAUCUGGAAUGGAAAA